AUGCCUACACUGGUUUCCGAAGCCAUGGGCGCAGAACCAUUGGGCUUGAAGCCCAUUUUCUGCGCUUCAGGCGUUAAGGACAAGCGAGUCACUGCAUUGUCGGCAGAAAAUGGCCUCUCUAAUUUCAUUCAAUCAGUCAUUGAGGACAAACCAGACAUAGACACACCAUUUAGCGUGCUUGAUUUAGGGGUCGUUAUGGGUCUAAUGGACAAAUGGGCCAGCAAGCUUCCAACGGUUCAGCCUUUCUACGCCGUCAAGUGCAACCCCAACCCCUCAUUGAUUGGCACACUCGCAGCACUCGGCUCCAGCUUCGACUGCGCCAGCAAAGCCGAGAUCGAAUCCGUUUUGUCUCUCGGAAUCUCACCGGAGAGAAUCAUCUACGCUAACCCAUGCAAAUCCGAGUCACACAUCAGAUACGCUGCGACCGUAGGCGUCAACGUCACAACCUACGACUCCAAAGACGAGGUUGAAAAAAUCCGCAAAUGGCACCCCAAAUGCGAGUUGCUGCUCCGCAUUAAGCCUGCACAUGAUAGCGGAGCACGAACCAGCUUGGGUCUCAAAUACGGUGCGCUUGCCGAAGAGGUUCCCAAGCUUCUACAAGCGGCUCACUCGGCUGGGCUCAAGGUAAUCGGCGUGUCGUUCCACAUUGGUAGUGGUGGAGCUGACACGCGAGCCUACAAUGGAGCCAUCGCCGGAGCCAAGAGCGUUUUCGAAACGGCUUCACGGCUUGGAAUGCCUAGAAUGCGCAUUCUCGACAUCGGUGGUGGCUUCACUUCUGGCCCGCUGUUUGACGCCGCAGCUUCGAAAAUUAACGCCGCAAUUCAAGCCAACUUCGGGAACGAAGAGGGGCUGGUGGUUAUUGGCGAGCCGGGUCGUUACUUUGCGGAAACGGCUUUCACAUUGGCAACUAGAGUUAUUGGGAAGCGCGUGAGGGGUGAGGUGAGGGAGUAUUGGAUUGACGAUGGGAUAUACGGAACUCUGAAUUGCAUAAUGUUUGACUUCGCUACGGUCGCGUGCACGCCACUCGCUUGCACCUCAAAGCCGGAGAAUCCUACGUGCAAGGACUCCAAGACUUACCCUUCCACUGUGUUUGGACCCACUUGCGAUUCUAUCGACACGGUUCUCAGGGAUUACCAGCUACCGGAACUGCAAGUGAACGAUUGGCUCGUGUUCCCCAACAUGGGUGCUUAUACAACUUCUUCGGGGACCAACUUCAACGGGUUUAGCUCGUCAGCCAAGUCAAUAUACCUUGCAUGUUCUGAGUCCAGUCACGCAGGCCGCAGGGACACACCAUGUUCUGAUCGAAUCCUAAACUGA